AUGGGGGUGUGGGGGGCUGACAGCACGCUGCCCGUCCCCUCUCCCCGGCAGUACAUCAACGGUGGGAACCUGGAGCAGCUGCUGGACAGCCCAGUGCCGCUCUCCUGGGCCGUGCGCGUCCGGCUGGCCCUGGACAUCGCCCGCGGCCUGCGCUACCUGCACUCCAAGGGCAUCUUCCACCGCGACCUCACCUCCAAGAACUGCCUGGUGAAGAGCGAGGACAACGGCUACACGGCCGUGGUGGGCGACUUCGGCCUGGCGGAGAAGAUUCCCACCUACAGCGAGGACGCUCAGAAGGAGCCGCUGGCCGUGGUGGGCUCGCCGUACUGGAUGGCCCCGGAGGUGCUGCGUGGGGAGCUGUACAACGAGAAGGCCGACGUCUUUGCCUACGGCAUCAUCCUGUGCGAGAGCAUCGCGCGGGUCCCCGCCGAUCCGGACUACCUGCCCCGCACCGAGGAUUUUGGGCUGGACGUCGCUGCUUUCUGCAACAUGGUGGGGGACGACUGCCCUGCGGCCUUCCUCCAGCUGGCCUUCCACUGCUGCAGGAUGGAGCCGACGGCCCGACCCGCCUUCGUGGAGAUCACGCAGCGCCUGCAGGGCGUCCUGGAGCACCAGCUGGGAGCGGGGGGCACCGGCGCCGACCGGCAGAGCGAUGGGGAGAGUGUGCCCUCGCCCGGGACCCCGGCCACGCUGAACGGCGAGGCAGCGAGCGAGCCCGCACUCCCUGAGCAGCCACCGCCGCGUGAUCUGAGCUGGCCGCACCUCCAGCCCGACCCCCGCCUCGCCCGCAGCCGCUCGGACAUGUUCCCGCCCAGGUCCCCGGCCCUGCUGCCGCCCCAGGAGCCCGCCGCGGGCGCCCGCCCCAAGGAGCUGCCGCCGCGUCUCAACCCCUUCUCCCAGCGCGAGGACCUGAAGGGCGGGAAGAUCAAGCUCUUCGACACGCCCAGCAAGUCGGUCAUCUCGCUGACCUUCGCCCUGCCGCCGCCCGCCCCCUACCAGCUGGGCACGCCCAUCACGCCCGAGCCCGUGGUGGAGGCGCAGUGCGACUUCUCCGCCCCCCUGGUGCUGACACGCAAGUGCCGCUCGCUGCCCGCGUCCCCCGAGCCAGCCCGCCGCGGGAGCCUGGUGCUGGGGGGGGAGGCGGCCCGCACCUGCUGCCGGGAGGGGCCCCAGCCUCACAGCCCCUUCCCCACUCAGAGCUGGGGGGUGGCGGGGGAGGUGGCAGGGCGCUCGCCCCUCCCCAGCCCCCCCGCGGUGGAGCAGAUGGACUGCAGCCCCGACAGCCCCGAGCCGGCGCCGGCCCCUGCCCCGCCGCUCAUCAACAGCACCUUCAUCAGCACCUCAGCGUCGGGCGCCCAGCCCUGGCCGCCGGGGCCCCCCAACGGCCUGCCCCUCAACAACAACAGCGUGGUGGUGAGCGCCCCGCCCGGCUGGGGCCGCGGCCUGGAGCGCGGCUUCUCGGAGCUCAGCAUCCCCCGCACAGGGGCCUUGGAGCGGACGGAGCACUCGGGCGCGCUGCCCUGGCACGCCUCCAGCGCCGGGCGGGAGCAGGACGAGGUGCUGGCCUGCCCCGGCUGCUGCCUGGGCCCCUUCAGCUUCAGCUUCGCCUCCGUCUGCCAUCGGCCCGCGCCCAGCCCGCCCCGCUACCAGCACCUCACCUGCGAGGCCAAGAGCCUCCUCUGCCAGGACAAGCGCCCGCCCGAGCCCAGCCUCAAGCUGCCGGAGGCGCAGUCCUAGUGCUGGGCAGACGGGACGAUGGACACGACCCCCCCUGUGGCUCCGGCUCCCCCCACAGCCUGCGCUAGGCAGUGCCAGGAGCCCCGAAAUCCCCACAACUCGCCCGCGCCGGGACCCGGUUCUGCCCUGGUGACCUGGCUGCCCCUAGAGCCGCCUCAGGGCCUCUCGCCGUGCUGGUGAGACCAUCAGCCAUUGCCAAGGCCACGCACAACCUGGGCUCGGGUCCUGGCUGGCCCAGUGUGACCGGGGGUGGGGGGAGACUCGUGCAGGGAGCUCCAGGCUGGGCACGGACCCAGCGGCGAGGUGGGGCCGGCUCUGAGUGGGGCUGGCUCCCUCCGGUGGCACCAGGGGCGGUGAGUCGCGCUGGGCUGACGUGCAAUAACAUGGCUGCCUCAUGCGCACGGCCGCGUCGGGGCCGGCGCUUCCCCUAGGAGGGGGAGCGGUGCCGGUUCAUGCCCCACCAUGGGGACGGGGCUGCGUGGAGGGGCUCUGCACCCCACUCAAUGCUGGGGGCUCCGGUGACCAGCCACUGAGGUGCGGCCCUGAUGGACCAGCGGGGCGCGGUGCCACCCAGGAGUCUCUGGGAAGGCACGCGGGGGCAGGUGGGCUGGGCCGGCCCUCCAUCCCGCCUUCCCUGCCUGCGGCUGUGGGGAGAGGAGCGGGGCUGACCCCCAAGCAGGCACAGUCAGGUGGUCACUCCGGGGCCUGGGGCUCCUCCCUGGCCGCCUGUCCCUGCACGUCCGCUCCCCGGCCCCCGCGCUCAGAGGCGAUGGGAGCACAAGCCGGGGGGGGGGCAGCAGUGUGC